AUGAUCAUCCCCAAGAAGAACCGCAAUGAGAUCUGCAAGUACCUCUUCAAGGAGGGCGUGCUGUACGCCAAGAAGGACUACAAUCUGGCGAAGCACCCGCAGAUCGAUGUGCCCAACCUCCAGGUGAUCAAGCUCAUGCAGAGUUUCAAGUCCAAGGAGUACGUCAGGGAAACCUUCUCCUGGCAGUACUACUACUGGUACCUCACCAAUGACGGCAUUGAGCACCUACGCAACUACCUGAACCUCCCGUCUGAGAUCGUGCCUGCCACGCUCAAGAAGUCUGCCAGGCCACCGGGCCGCCCAUUCGGCUCUGGCCCUCCUGGUGACCGCCCACCAAGGGGCCCGGGUCGUUUUGAAGGUGACAGGCCAAGGUUUGGUGACAGGGAUGGGUACCGUGGUGGUCCUCGUGGCGCUCCUGGUGACUUCGGUGGCGAUAAGGGUGGAGCUCCUGCUGAGUUCCAGCCGUCUUUCAGGAGUUCUGGUGGGAGGCCUGGGUUUGGCCGUGGUGGCGGAAGCGGCUUUGGCGCUGGCCCGACUUCAUCUUCCAUGGAGUGA